AACAAAGUCAUACACAGUGUUUUGUUCAUGAAUAAUGAUGUAUAUUUAGAGGUUACUCAUAAGUGGAUGGUAUUGUUAAGAUGCACUUGUAAUUGUACUUUUUAGGAUGAUGUCAAUAUUCUGAAUUCAACAUGUGGUUAAUAGCUAAGGUAUUAGCAGGCUAUUGUAUGUGUGAACGAUGGCUUGCUCCUCGAAUGAUCCCAGUCCCUCCUAUUGUGCAUCUGUUGUAGAAAGAGGCGACGAUUCUCAGAACAGAUGUGCUCUACAAAUGUUUUAUUUCCUUUUGGAUGCAGGUAUGUGGUUUUAUCUAUGUAAAAUAUGUUAUGUAUAAUAAGGAGAGAGUGUAUUAAUUUUUGUAUUCGAAAAUCAUUUUGAUGCACUGAGAGAGAAAGAGGCGACGAUUCUCAGAACAUAUGUGCUCUACAAUUGUUUUUAUUUCCUUUUGGAUGCAGAUGCAGGAUGCAGAGAGUCAGUUAUGCUUGAUUAAAACUACCUGAUCUCCAAAGUCCACGUUUAUAGUCUCAAUCAACAACACAACGCAGAGUUACAGCGGUGCAGUAUAGCACCGGCUACAUUUUCACCCUAUUGUUUAGACAAUAAUGUUGCAAGAUCCAUUUAAGCUCCUAUGGCAUGGUUUAAGCCUAGGACUGGCCUACUCAUGCCUUAACUUCAAUGCACUUUGGUCUAUUGCACCUGGAACAUUACCUGAACUUAACACAUAAAUGUAAAACUAGGAAACGGUAUAUCAAUUGAAGGGGUUGUUAAGCCUGUGCUCUGCUCUGCAGGUGCCAUUUGACCGAUAUCUCAUGACGUCACCUGUACACUACCUUGACCGUUUCUAAAAGGCUAUACGCGCAGAUCCGGGAGUUGAACAAGUUGAACUGCUGAGCAGUCUUGUUUUUACAGAAAAAAACAACCGUGUAAAUACGUUGAUAGCUACACGUUUUAUCUAUAGGAAAUUAUAUUUUAUUUUCAGUUUUGAACGGAAAACUGUUUUCUUUCGCAGAAGGGGAGAAAGUGGGGAACGUUUUCUUUUCGUACUCUUUGUAGCCAUACAACCACUUGUCGAACUAUUGGGAAUAUCUAUGGUGGAGUUUACAACCUAUUCAUACUGCUACCCCGGAGGGAACAGCGACCCUCGAGAGUAAUCGCCGAGAUUGUAACUUCAUUUCUUCUCACGCUUGACUUGACAAGCAGUCGUACACCUGUUGCAAAAGAGAGGCUGGGGAUACGCCUGGGUGGCAAGUUGACCAUCACAGGAGCUGUGAAGCAGGGCCACUCUGAACUUCAGCUUCCUCUUUUCAUUUUCUACUUUUGAGCGAGAAAACAUGACUGAGAAAAAGAAUGGAGGCGCGGGCGUGACCUUCCUGACCCCAUGUCGCGUGGCGGGCGUGUGUCUGACCGUGGUGCUACUUGGGGGGAUUGGAGCUGCUGUCUGGGCUGUAGUAACAUUUUGUAUCAGAGAAGAAGACACAGGAUUAUAUGAUGUCCAGGUGAACUCCAAUCCAGGCUCGGACCUACGUCUCCGGGUGUUUGACUCGGCCGAGCGACGGUGGAGACACCUCUGUUCCUCAGAGGCCAACCAGCUCCUGGCCAACAUCAGCUGUGAGGAGAUGGGCUUUGUCAGCGUGGUGAAUUACUCCGUGUCCAGUAUCCCUGAAGGCAGUAACGACCGUGAGGAGUUCUUCUGUGUCAAAGAGAAGGAACUGACCUAUGGAAAGAAGAUCAAAGAGUCUCUAUAUCCCUGUGACUGUGAAACUGGCCAGGUCCUAAGUCUGCUUUGUCAAGACUGUGGCAGGCGUAGUCUGACAGAGGACCGUAUAGUAAGUGGUGUAGAUGCUAGGCAGGGUAGCUGGCCGUGGCAGGUCAGUCUGCAGUAUGACGGGGUGCACCAGUGUGGAGGCUCCAUCAUCUCAGACCGCUGGAUCGUCAGCGCAGCCCACUGCUUCCCAGAGAGGAACCGUCAGGUGUCUCGAUGGAGGGUGCUACUGGGCUCCAUCUACAACAAGCUCACCCAUAAGAAUGUUAGAGUUCUUGAGGUAAAGACUGUGGUGUACCACAGCAGCUACCUGCCCUUUGUAGACCCCAACAUAGACGACAACAGCAGAGACAUCGCUGUCCUGGCUCUGGCCCAGCCUCUGCACUUCACAGACUACAUCCAGCCGGUGUGUUUACCCCACUACGGCCAGCGCCUGAUUGACGGCCAGAUAGGGACAGUGACAGGCUGGGGAAAUGUAGGUUACUAUGGUACUCUUGCUGACGUUCUUCAGGAGGCUAACGUGCCAAUCAUCAACGACGCUGUCUGUAACGCCCCUGAUUACUAUGACAACCAGAUUACCACCAGCAUGUUCUGUGCUGGCUUUGAGAAGGGUGGUACCGAUGCCUGUCAGGGGGACAGCGGGGGCCCGUUUGUGGCUGAGGACUCCCUGUCCAAGGCCAGCCGCUACCGCCUGCUGGGGGUGGUGAGCUGGGGAACAGGCUGUGCCAUGGCCAAGAAGCCUGGCGUCUACACCAGAGUGUCCCGCUUCCUACCCUGGAUCUCCUCAGCCAUGAGGACGUAUCACAAUUCACCAGGAGUGCACAAAAUGGCGCGUACAUGGGAGCACUGACCUUUAAGGGAUCAGAAAUUAC